AUGCAACGAUUUCCACUUUUUAAAAUCUACUCUCGACCCUCAGCUGACCACAAGAAAGGACAUUUUUGGCACCUGGGAUCAAAGUCAGGUCAGUAGACAAAACUUCACAAGUCGAGAGCUGAGUAUUUGUAACAUAGAAAACAGCUUAUUGUUGCGCCACGCAUAGGUCAUAGCGAGCAUAGUUUGUGAAAAGGCAGCUAACAGACUGGUGAUAUUUUCGCUCUUUCGCUGGUAUUCAGUGUUUUCUCGCUGUUUAAGAGGUCUCUCUGUGUUUCAAACGUGGUCUUGACAUCUUGUGGAACAUGCCAGACAAAGAUCACUUUCUUUUGUAUGCAUGCUCCUCUGACACAGCACCACGGCGUGCACGGUUCAGGACAUAAUGUCCUUAUUUUCAUUAGUCUCUCCUCAAUAUAAAUGAUGUGCAUUGACUCCUUACACGCGAUGGUUUUUCUAUGUGGAGAAAUCUGCUCCAAACGUAAAGCUGUAAGGUUUUUAUCACUGCAGCUCUCGGAUGGGAAGACAAAGUUACGUAACGUUAAGAUGAAUGCCGCACUGAAGAAAAACUUCCGCUUUCAAGUUGACCAAUAGCUUCAGUGUGCGUGCUGCAACACAGUCUGUAAGUGACUAAAGAUGACUAAACACGGUCCUUAACUGAUGAAUAUCAGCCCGGGGCUUUCUCAGAUAAAAAUAAACUUUAUUUUUAACUCUAAAAUUUUAACUCUGGAGAUUUAAUUUGAUAAAGGAAACAAUCAAUGACUGCUUUUCAUUGUAUCUUAACUUUGGGCAGUGUUCUCUAACAGCCUUUAUUAAAGUCCCUUUUAUCCUGCUUUGGGUAUAAUUAGGAAUAAACAUGUUAAGAUAAUUUUGGAAUUUACCCCGGUAUGUUUAAUAUUUUCAUGCUUCUUUUUUUACACUUUUUUUUAUUUUUGCUGUUUCUGCAACCUUAUUAAGAUUUAAAGCUUAAAUUUUGUAUCCAGUGAUCAUGUGCUUGAACAUGGCCUGUAAGGUUCUGCUUUGUGUUUUCAAGCUGUAGUUUGAGGAACUGUAAAAAACUGAAAGUUUUUCUGGUUUGGUCUUAAAUCAGAUGUGUUCAGCAUGAACUGUUAAGCAGUUGCAUAAGAUAGCCUGACCCCACAGGCCGACUCUGCUUCCCCUGUCGUCUUUUUAACAUGCAUGUACAGUAUCUUCUCUAUCUCGUUCUUCCCAUGAAUCGUGGGGUAAGAGAGGUAGAGCAUGCAGUCCAAUCCAUCCAUCCCAAAAAAGCCUCUGUUUUUUCUCUCUUUUGAUGUAGUUGUAUGAUAAAGUAAAGGAUACGGCUGAAAAUAAGAGAUAGUGUGCAGGUGUGUGGCUAUGAGACACCAGAGUCAAUAGUUAGCCCCACCCCCCCCCAGGUGUCAUGGACCUAAUUUUAAGCUCCAUGAGGAGUUUCUUAAAAUUAAUUAAACAGACUGAAAUUUACAUUGACGACUUUGUCUAUAGGGGGUGCCAAAAUUUGACAUUAGGAACCAUGUGGUAGGUUUUGUAACUCAUCAAUAACUUAAAGGUUAUUAGUGUGCGGUCAUGAGGGGAUGGGUGUAUUAACUGGGUGCUCAUCCUUUUGGGUUUCAGUGUCUUUUUGUAUUGUGAAACUUGAUAUCAGAUACUUCCUGUUGAUUGACAAGAUGGCCAAAGGUUGCUGACUAAUUGACCUAAGAUAGUAUGUUUUUGGUUGCAUCAUGUGGCUUUAAAAUCUGCUGAGCUGUUGUCGUAGUUUCCCAUGUCCUUGGCUGGCUGUGUGCACACUCCUCUUUCACUGUGUUAGUCAUAUUUAAAUGUUCAUAUUCAGCAUUUGGUAAACCGAGACAUUUGGCAGAAAAUGACCAAAAAAGCAAACUAAAAAUUGGACCAAACAAAAGGAAAGUAAACAGUGUCAGAAGUAAUUUUUCAUAGGCUAAACAAAAGAAGCACAUUUGGAGUUCACACUUGACCAUAUUAUGCUCCAUUUGGCCACAUUUAACUCCCAUGACAGUGUGUCUAAUAGAGAGGAAACCACAGUGUACAGAAAUUUCUGAGCUCUUCUUGGAAUAAAGGGGAGUUUGUCUGAGUCUGCUUUGUACACUCUUGUUCUCCUGUCUUUUUGCCUCUGGGGAUUACAUAAGGACAAAUCUUGCCAAGAUCUCUGUAAAUGGUCAUAUAGUCAUUCCAGAAAAAGAAGCAAUAUAAUAAAAUUGCUUAAGGAGGGCAGCCUUAGCGUCUGUCUGCCGUAACAGACUAACAAUUCAUCAGACUAAAGAGAGUCGGCUUUAAAGGAGCUGUGCACCACAGCCAAAUUCCUUCCUGACUCCCUGUAACAGACUGGGAACCUCAAAUAUCUAUUUUCUUCUGAUUUGUUGUUGUUAAACGUGUUUUUAACCUCAUACUAUAAAGCUUACCCUGUUUGUACUAUAGCAAGCACAGCAGACAGUGCUUUGUUUUUUUUUUUUUGUUUUUUUUUUCAUUGAUCUGAGAUUUUGCAGUCUGACUGUGUCUCCAAUUUUCUCCCUCUUUCUCCUAGCUGUGGUCACGACCAAGUCUGACACGAUGCCAGGACAAAUCCCAGAUCCGCUGGUGACGGCAGGCUCCCUGCCCAGCCUAGGCCCUCUGGCUGGGAUUUCAGCCACCACACUGACUGACAAGCUCAAAUUUGGAGACUUCCAGGAGUUUGGUACGAUGUUGUCACCUCUGCACUUCCUGGACAGUUUUGGGAAGAGGCCCCUGGUGAUUAAAACAGAGGUACAGAAAACAACAAGUGCAUGGCAACCAACAACUGCAUUAAGUCUUUUAAAACAAUGUAUCUAGUAUAUUUUCAUGGCCCUUUUGAAAUAUAGCCACAGAGAAAAAUACUAAUUCAACAUCCAAAAUCCAGUUUUUCUCAACUGAUUUGGCAGAUUGUCACUACUUGUAUAUGUAUAUAAAGUAUGUAAAAAUAUAUAUAAAAAUUCAAAUCCAAAAAAGCCCAGAUUGCCUCAAAAUGAAAGAACCUUUUCCAAACAGAACUGAGUCACUCCUUAAAGCCCCUGUGAGGAAAUUUUGUUUUGCAUCAGUGUUAAAAUCUCCUGUUGAUGAAGCCGUCUUUGCUGAUGUUCCUCUGCCCAGAACAAUCUCAUCCCUUUUACCUUUGACAGUCUAAUUGCUUCCCCGGUAGCUUGGCUGAAAAUGAUGAUUUUAAGACUUACCAGACUUGUUUCUGAUGAUCUUGUUUGCUUUUAUAGAUCAUAAAAAGGCAACAAUAUGAAUUUCUGUCUAUUUCAGAAAUGUAAAAAAAAAAAAAAACUUCUUACUGGAGCUUUAAUCAACAACACCUUUAAUUGAAACCCUUUUUCUGCACUGUUGUUUAGAGAGAUGAGGAGGAGGAGAGAAGGAAACGAAGGCGAGAGAAAAACAAAGUGGCAGCUGCUCGUUGUCGAAACAAAAAGAAAGAGAGGACAGAUUAUUUACAAAAGGUGAGAUACACCUGGCAUGUUAAUUUUGUCUAAAGUGUAUAAAAAUACCUUUCUGUUUAACCCUGUCUAUUCUGCUUCUUUUCUCUACGUCCUUGCACAGGAAUCAGAGCGACUAGAGAUGUUAAACUCUGACCUUAAAGCCCAAAUUGAGGAGCUGAAACUUGAAAGACAGCAACUGAUCCUCAUGCUGAAUCGUCAUCGCCCCACAUGUAUUGUCAGGACUGAUAGCGUGAAAACGCCGGAGAGCGAGAUGAAUCCCCUGCUGCAGCAGCUGGAGGAAAAGUGA